CACACCACUGUAGGUCUUGAUGCACAACAUAUUGGUGUUGGGGCUACAUAUCAAACCAAAUGGUGUCCCCGAGAGCCUUGCAAUUCGAAAUGUUGAUGGGCAAGUAGUCAAAGAUGAGUAGACAAAGAGGGAAACAGAGCUAUAAAACUAGAAUUUUAAUAAUAAAGACUGACCAAAUUCAAAUUCUUAGCAUCUUAUCACUUAUUGUUAUACAUGAAAAUACUUUAAAUCUUACUUCUGGUCAUUUUCAUUGAGUUGUAUUUAUAAAUGACCAGUUUGAUAACACCUAAACAACGUGAUGACAUGUGAUACAAGGAAUGCUGAAAGCAGAUCUUACCAGAUAUUCAGGUAACUCUUGAAAACAGAGCACAGACACACCUACUGUAACCUCCUCAGUGAGGUGUGACGGUGUGUCUCUGGGAGGGUGUGACUUCAUACUUGUCUCCAAACCAAACUCCGAGCUGGUUUCAGAGGACUCUCUGCCUUCCUGUGUGUGUGUGACAUAAAGCAAACUGCCAUCACCAUGCCUGAGACUGCAGAGUCGCAUGCCGUCACCCUCACCACCAACCGCAACUGCACCAUAGAGAUCACUAAUGUCAGCACUACCUACUGUCUCAUCAACCCAAAGGUCUACAUGGAAAGUGGCUUCUGCUUCAGCCCUCCUCAACCCACCGUGCGCACCAACAAGACCGAGGUGUGUUCCUUCACCAAGGACGACAACACGGCAUCGGGUGCUGUGGGUGUCUUGACCUACGAGCUGUUUGACAUGCACAGGCGCCACUGCAACGAGCUGAUUGCCGUCAUGUUCUCGGUGCCGUUUGAUUAUAACUUCUACAAGAACUGGUUGGGGGUGGGCGUCUUUGAGCACACGCGAGCCUGCGACGAGAAGCUGUAUAAGCUAAUGUACAAUGAUAAGGAUUUCACCAACUUUGAGCGCCACGCGGCCGAUGGCUCAGGUGUGGCUUACAAGGGAAGGGUGGUGGACGUGAGGGCCUGCAUGUCUGAUGAGGGCAGGGCUAUUGUUAAACUGGAGGUGUAUGAUAAGAUGGGCAGAUGAAUCUGUUUGUACUGAGUGACAAUAAAAAUGGAUGCAUUGUUGUUGUUGAGAGAACACAGUUGAUGCAGAUAUUCCUGAAAACUUACAAUGUCUGUCAUUCAUGUCAUAUGUGGGUGCUUUAAACAAAUAAACAAUAUAAUUGA